CUUUAAAAAUAGGAGUAUUAUUCUAGAAGUCGCAAGAAUAAGUAAUACGCCAAGUUAGAACAAUGACAAAAAUUGGCAUCAUAAGUUGCAUCAUCGUAGCUGUUUGCGUUUUUCAAACAGCAGGAGCUGGAAUUUUUAAUACAUCGGAGCUAGAUUCCAUAUUGGGUGGUGUGAAAAGCGGAGUUACAGAUUCGCUUGGAAAUGUAAAAAAGAUGGAACAAGAGGUCGAAAAUCGUGGAAAGGAAUUAAUUUCUGACAUACAAAAUAAAAUUGAAUCAUCCAAAUCUCCACUUCAGAAUUCUACAAGAUGCAAGAAAUUAUACAGCGAUGCACAACAAAUAAGCAAUAAUUUAAUAGCGGUUUUCAAAACCUGCAUGUCAAAUGGAACACAAGCUUACAGUGCAGACAUUCAAAAAUUGUCCGAUGUAGUAAAUAAUCUGACAGGCCUACUAGGAAAAGGUUAUCAAGAUAUUGUAAGCUGUUACCAAAAACUCGUAACUCCUUGGGAAAUAACUCAAAUAGGUCAAUGCUGCAGUACAAUAACGCAAGACCAUUUUAAAAUACUACUCAAAAUGUGGAAAGCUGUGCUUGAUGCAAAUAAACUUGUUAAAAUUUUCCCAAGUAUAGGAACAUGCUUUGUGUCAGCAGCUCUGCAAACAAUUUCUUCAAAUGCUGAUAAACUCAUCAAAGACGUGCAACAAUGCUAUACAUAAAUGUUCUUCAACCAUUUAAAUCGUAAAUCAUUUAUUGAUUAAUGUACUUCUAUUUUUAACUAUGUAUGUAUAUAAUAUUACAAUAUAUACAUAUAUAUAUAUAUAUACAUAUAUGUAUGU